AUGUGGUCUUUACUCGGGAGGCGACACGAGUCCAUCAUUGCUCCACCAGCGUGUCAUGGAGUCCACAACAACAACAGUCGGAUUUCCAGUUCCUUGCUGCUGGUGCUUUUCGCCAUUGUGACAUUUCGACCCUGCGAAGGCUCGGCGGUGGUUGUGGCACAGCGCAACAACAUGCUGCUGCGUGUCAAAGUGUCCGUGGAUUUGGAUUUGGACCUGCUUCCGACCAAUGACGAUUGGUUUCUCCAAGGCAUCAACGUAUCACACGUGACAGUAAUGGUGGAGGAACAGAGAGAUUACAUUGUCACUGUGGAUGAACUCCAACUCGAAGAAGAAACUACAGACAGUUCCUCCUCCUCCAAUAAUGAUGCGAUCCAAGUGGAGGAGUACUUGUCGCUCCGUUGGGAGGCAGAAAAUUGCUCUUCUCCCUCGUCGUCACUUCCAACUCUACGUGGUGAAAUCCAUCUGUCCUAUCUCUUGCCGUGUCAUAAAGCAGUGGGAUCAUCCUCCACGACGAGGACUCUCUUGGUAUCCUUGUGGGAGGACCACGCGUCAUUGGCGGAAGCAGCGCCAACAUUGCCAACAAUGCUCACUCGAAGACUCGUCAAUCUUGUGCCAACAAGAAGCACAAUGACCAACCGUCAUCCAAGUUUGCAAAACAGCGUCGUGGAAAUAGAGCUGGAAGCAAAGACGAGCCUUGUUUGGUCACCAGCAGCGGAGCCACUAGUACGAGAGCUCCGGGGCCAAGCUUGGUGGACGAAGACAAGUCUGGCGGCGACUGCUCUACUUGCACUUGUCGUGUUUGGGGUGUACUGGAGCGAUGGCUUCCAGGGCAGUACCGUGCAGGCCGAUCCUGUCAUCAUUGGGGAUUCAUCAGCUGAACAUGCAACAGUCCGAAAUGAAACCCAAACAGGAGAAUCCAGUCGAGAGGAUGCACGCAGCACGGAUCCCGCGAACGACGAUGCGGGCAACGAGGAUGAACACGACCAGGACAGUAGCGUGCAAAGUGACCCUGCUAUUCGCGAUUCACCGCUACUUGUUGUGCUAGAUUCUAAUGAUGAAACUCAAAGUGCGGAUGCCAGUCAAGGCGGUGGAAGCUGUACGGAUCCCGCGACUGAUUUGACCAACGAGGAUGAUAAACACGAUAACAACCGAAGCAGCUCGUACCCUUCUAUUGCUUCUGCACCCUCCACCAUCGAACAAGGGGCAAUCUCCACCAACCGUACAACCGACAACACGCUGUGUGGUUUGAAUCAGGAGUUGCAGGGGGCACCGCUUCAGACUCCGCCACAACGAGAAAAGAUGCCCGUACCGGUAGCUGCAAUCACAGGCAGUAGAGCAAGCCCUUUUCACAGCCACCUCGAAUCUGCCAAGUCGGACGUGAACCAAGAGCUGAAGGUGACACCUCUUCAGACCACGGAGAGCCAACUACUAGAAACGAAGCUACAUGUACAAGCUGCAAUCACUACAGGCCGCAGAGCGAGUCAAUCGCAUCAUGAACAACAUCCGCUUGAAUCUUCCGAGCUGGAUUUGUCCAGUCCGCAAGUUGUAUCUCCCAAGACGGACGAGAGCACGAAACAAACUCCAACUGUCUCUCGUCAGGCUGGCAACUCGACGCCAAAGGAAUCAGCGGGGGACGACACCGGGGACAAUCGUCCAGUUCGAACGGAGGGCACGCCAAAAAGGAGUGCGUCGAUGCCUGGGGAUCCAUUCAACACUCCAGACGGCAGGGAAGCAGUCGACCAAUCAUCCUCUGACAAAGCAGUGUUGAAAACCCCCGAGCAGCAACCCAUCGUGGAAGCCUCCAACGACAGCAGCAACAAUGCCGCGGACAACUCAUCGGCCGCCAGUGCAAUGUCAUCGCGCAGAAUGAAGCGAGCAACACCGAGUCCCUACCAAGAGACCGAUCGUGCGGAAGAGGAGUCCGGUCGAAAAAAGAAAUCAGGUGCCAAGCACAGUCCCAGGGCACGACGGCUGGAAUCCCCUACAAGCAAUGGAGGCAAGGGGCAUGCAAUCGUAUGCCCGCUGGAUUCGUCGUCCGAAACACAACUAACGACGCCCAGCACAAAGGGACGGACAGUCAUUGCAUCGACGCAAUCCUCUCGGAAACGACGCUCUUCUGCUUCCAGUGAGGAUGGAGGUCUUUCGUCGGUGAAGGACGGCAGUAGCAAUUCGCAGCAAUCAAAACGACACAAACGCUGUCGAAGGAGCAUCUCGAACGCCAACAAUAUGGCACUACCAGAUGUAGUCCCAUCGCCAUCGCUCAGCAGUGCGGCCAAAGAAGUGACUGAACCUGUUCCAUUCGAUUUUAGCAUGGAAAGCUUUUCGGGCUAA